AUGAAGUUCUUCAUCUUGUGCGCCAUCGUUGCUGCAUCUAUCGCCCAAGAAACCACCUACAACAGCCGAUAUGAUAACAUUGACGUCGAGGAAAUCCUCGGCUCGGACCGUCUCUUCAAAAACUACUUCAACUGCCUGAUGGAUGCCGGACCGUGUACUCCGGAAGGAACGGACCUCAAGAAGUAUUUGCCGGAUGCGCUGGAAACUGGAUGUGCCAAGUGUACCGAGACGCAACGUGAGACCGGGAACAAAGUCAUCGUUUGGUUGAUUGAGAACCGCCCGACGGAGUGGACCAUGCUGAAAAGCAAGUACGAUCCGGAGAACAAACUGACCGAGCGGUACCGGGAGACUGCUGCUAAGGCUGGAAUAACACUGUAAAAGGUUUGAACGUUUUGAUAGUCAUGAU